AUGGCCAAGGAAGAAGCCCCCGAGGAUAGCGCGAUGAAAAACGGCUUGUUCCGAGAGAACAAUACGCUUCCUCCAGGCGAGACUCGGAUUGGAGCGUUGUUCAGUCUCAAGCACAAGACUGCCGUUGUGUCGGGCUCUGACCGUGGCAUUGGGUUGUCCGUCGCCCAAGGCUUUGCGGAAGCGGGGGCGAACGUGGCCAUUUGGUAUCAUAGUAAUAAGGAUGCAUUGAAGCGGGCGGAGGAGAUUGAGGAGAAGUAUGGAGUCAAGUGCAAGGCGUACCAAGUCGAUGCCACCGACUUCGACAACGUUCGCAAAGUCCUGCACAAGACCAUCCACGAUCUGGGCGGGCGGUUGGACGUCUUCGUAGCCAACGCCGGCAUCCCCUGGACUCAAGGCCGCAUGAUCGACGGCGAGCUGUCUCACUACCGAGCCGUCGUUUCCACCGACCUCGACAGCGUCUUCUACACAGCGAAGGCGGCGGGCGAAGUCUUCAGGUCGCAAUACGAGUCGGGCGUCGAUGCGUUUGGCGAGAAAUUGCAGCACUAUAGCUAUGGCAGUUUCAUCGCCACAUCGAGUAUGAGCGGGCACAUUGCAAAUAUUCCUCAACUGCAGGCUGCGUACAACGCGGCCAAAGCAGGCGUACGCCAUCUCUGCAAAUCGCUCGCGGUGGAGUGGGUGAAGUUCGCUCGUGCCAACUCCAUCAGUCCCGGCUACAUCGCCACCGAGAUCUCCGACUUCGUCCCGCCGGCCACCAAAGCCAUCUGGCGGUCGAAGAUUCCCAUGGGUCGCGAAGGGCAGCCGGCGGAGCUGAAGGGCGCGUAUCUGUAUCUUGCGUCGGAUGCCAGCUCGUACACCACCGGGUGUGAUAUCAUUGCCGAUGGUGGAUACACCUCCGUAUAA